GCUGUCGGACUCCGCCACUGCACCUACACACGGCGGUCGCAGCAGCAGCAGCCCCUCUCCUGUCACCACCGGGACUGCCUGUCCUCAGAGGCAGUGUUUACAGCAAUAACCCGUAACACCAAAAAGACCAUCGUCCCGCCAGCAACAUGGUGAACUUCACGGUGGACCAGAUCCGUGCCAUCAUGGACAAGAAGUCCAACAUCAGAAACAUGUCAGUGAUUGCCCACGUGGAUCAUGGGAAGUCCACCUUGACGGACUCCCUGGUUUCCAAGGCUGGGAUUAUCGCUUCAGCCCGGGCCGGGGAGACCCGCUUCACAGACACGCGCAAGGAUGAGCAGGAGCGCUGCAUCACCAUUAAAUCAACGGCCAUCUCUAUGUAUUAUGAGCUUGGAGAUAAUGACCUGGCGUUCAUCAAGCAGAGUAAAGACGGAAACGGCUUUCUCAUCAACCUGAUUGACUCUCCGGGCCACGUGGAUUUCUCCUCGGAGGUCACAGCUGCUCUCAGGGUAACCGACGGCGCCCUGGUGGUGGUGGACUGUGUCUCAGGUGUGUGUGUGCAGACCGAGACCGUCCUGCGGCAGGCCAUCGCUGAGCGCAUCAAACCGGUUCUGAUGAUGAACAAAAUGGACCGGGCCCUGCUUGAGCUGCAGCUGGAACCUGAUGAGCUUUACCAGACUUUUCAGCGCAUCGUAGAGAAUGUCAAUGUCAUCAUCUCAACCUACGGAGAAGAUGAGAGCGGACCCAUGGGAAGCAUCAUGAUCGAUCCCGUCAUUGGAACAGUGGGCUUUGGUUCCGGACUCCACGGGUGGGCUUUCACCUUAAAGCAGUUUGCUGAAAUGUAUGUGGCAAAGUUCACUGCAAAAGGAGUGGCCCAGCUGGGACCAGCAGAGAGGUGUAAGAAAGUGGAGGACAUGAUGAAGAAGCUGUGGGGAGACAGAUACUUUGAUCCAAGCGCUGGGAAAUUCAGUAAGACUGCAACAGGUCCUGAUGGACAGAAGUUUCCUCGAACGUUUAGCCAGCUGGUUUUGGAUCCCAUCUUUAAGGUGUUUGAUGCCAUCAUGAAUUUCAGAAAGGAAGAAACGGCUAAACUUAUUGAUAAGUUGGACGUUAAGCUGGACUCGGAGGACAAGGAAAAGGAGGGGAAGCCCCUGCUGAAGGCAGUGAUGCGGCGCUGGCUACCUGCUGGAGAAGCCCUGCUUCAGAUGAUCACCAUCCACCUGCCGUCCCCGGUCACUGCACAGAAAUACCGCUGUGAGCUCCUCUACGAGGGGCCAGGAGAUGACGAAGCUGCCAUGGGUAUUAAAAACUGCGAUCCCAAGGCUCCAUUGAUGAUGUAUAUUUCCAAGAUGGUCCCAACAACCGACAAGGGUCGUUUCUACGCCUUCGGGCGAGUGUUUUCUGGCUGUGUGUCUACGGGGCAGAAGGUGCGCAUCAUGGGGCCGAACUUCACCCCUGGCAAAAAGGAAGACCUUUACAUCAAACCUAUACAGAGAACCAUUCUGAUGAUGGGUCGGUAUGUGGAACCUAUAGAAGAUGUCCCAUGUGGUAACAUAGUGGGUCUAGUUGGAGUAGACCAGUUUCUUGUGAAAACAGGCACCAUUACCACCUUUGAUCAAGCUCAUAACAUGAGGGUGAUGAAGUUCAGUGUGAGUCCUGUGGUCAGAGUGGCUGUGGAGGCCAAAAAUCCUGCUGACCUGCCCAAGCUGGUGGAGGGUUUGAAGCGUCUGGCUAAGUCAGAUCCCAUGGUGCAGUGCAUCAUCGAGGAGUCAGGGGAGCAUAUCAUCGCUGGAGCAGGAGAGCUGCACCUGGAGAUCUGCCUUAAAGACCUGGAGGAGGACCACGCCUGCAUUCCUCUGAAGAAAUCCGACCCAGUGGUGUCUUAUAGAGAAACCGUGUCAGAGGAAUCAGACCAGAUGUGUCUGUCCAAGUCUCCCAACAAGCACAACCGUCUCUUCAUGAAGGCGCGUCCGUUCCCAGAUGGUUUGGCUGAAGACAUCGAAAAGGGGGACGUCAGCGCUCGGCAGGAGCUCAAGGCUCGUGCGCGCUACCUUGCCGAUAAGUACGAGUGGGAGGUCACAGAGGCCAGAAAGAUCUGGUGCUUCGGUCCAGACGGAAGCGGUCCCAACCUGCUGAUAGAUGUGACAAAGGGGGUUCAGUACCUAAAUGAAAUCAAGGACAGCGUUGUGGCAGGAUUCCAGUGGGCAUCUAAAGAGGGCGCACUUUGUGAGGAAAACAUGCGUGCGGUCCGCUUCGACAUCCAUGACGUGACCCUGCACGCAGAUGCCAUUCACCGCGGAGGAGGACAGAUUAUUCCCACCGCCCGUAGGGUUCUGUACGCCUGCCAGCUCACAGCUCAGCCUCGGCUAAUGGAGCCCAUCUACCUUGUGGAGAUUCAGUGCCCAGAGCAGGUGGUGGGUGGAAUAUAUGGGGUGUUGAACCGGAAACGUGGACAUGUGUUUGAGGAAUCCCAGGUUAUGGGAACUCCCAUGUUUGUGGUGAAAGCGUACCUGCCUGUCAAUGAAUCCUUCGGGUUCACAGCUGACCUGCGCAGUAACACCGGAGGCCAGGCCUUCCCUCAGUGUGUGUUUGACCACUGGCAGAUUCUCCAGGGAGACCCCAAUGAUCCUGCCACCAGACCCUGCCAAGUUGUUGCUGAAAUUAGGAAACGCAAAGGCCUAAAAGAGGGUAUACCAGCCCUUGACAACUACUUGGACAAAUUGUAAACACACACCUCGGAUUCUAAAUCACCAAAUGAACACCAAACCCUUCCCCGUGGGCACUUUAAAUCUUUGGAGAGGCUUCUAAGUACAUUGCACAGUUUAUUUUCAUGUUAAGUCCAGAGCAGAAACACAACUUCAGUUGUAAGGUAGUGGAAAAGGUAGUGUUUUUUUAAUUAUUUUUGUUGCCCCCAUUCCACAGCUACACCAAGUGCCUAGGGUGAGGGUUUUGGGAAGCAAUUGGAUCGAGGCAGUUAUUCCUCUUUUGUUAGCUCACAUUUUCUCCGUUUUUCAUUUACUUAUCUGCCAGGAGGAGCCUGUACAGUGCACUGUGAUACUGCUGCAAUAAUGCUUGUUCAAAUGGAUCGUGGCCAGAUUUAAGAAUGGAAAUCACAACAAAGUGUUGCAGAAGUCAGACUGGCUGAAUUGAACUUUUGCUCAAUUGAUGUAAUGAAUAAAAAGUCAAGUCAUGAUGAAAAUGUGA